GAUCGCCACGUCGAUCGAAUACAAGAUCUUCAGACAUUCACUUACUAAAUUUUCUUCUACGAGAUCACUGAUCCUUCUACCAAUUCGUUCGCCUCAGUCUCCUCAUUGUUACUAUUCAUGUUUCUCCAAAAUUCCUUGGCCACUUCCCUGCACUUAUGGUGCACUCCCUGCUCUGUCACAAAGUUCCGGUUUUUUGAGCACUCAAUCGAUAUCCUCAGAAAAGAAGUCUGAAACGGAUCCCGGGAAGAGUGUCUCCCUUGUACAGCGAUUUAAAAAUGCCUAUAAAGUAUAUGGGAAAGUUCUGAUAGUUGUGCACGGUGUCACCUCUGCAGCAUGGCUUGGACUCUUCUAUCUAGUUGCAUAUAGCGGGCUGGAUGUGGUCUCAGCCUUGAAGGGAGUGAAAUCACUAGAAUGGCUGGUAGAGCCUAUGGUAGCGCGAGGUCUGGGAUUCUGGGCUACCGCCCUACUCCUCUACAAACUCGUCACACCCUUUCGCUACCUUGCCACGGUUGCUGCUUCGCGCUAUGUGGUUCACAUCCUCCGCGCUCGCGGUCUUGCUCCGCCUCUGACUGAGGAGGAUAGAUUACGCAACCUGGCUCGUCAGGGUGUCCGUCUCUCGCGCACUCGUCUCCGGCAAUCCAGUGACCAGUUGCUGGUGAGUCUGCAUGCGCCGGAGCUGAUGCUGAAGCCAUUUCGUGUAGCCGGUGGUUCGGUUGGCGUGUUCGCAUCAGCCUACGUGCUCUACAAGGUGGCAGCACCAUUGCGUUACGCUCUCACCCUCUGGCUCACCCCCGUCAUCGUACGUCGCCUACGCUUGGGUGGUCGGCUGCCACCACUGGCCGAACAAGAUCGACUGCGCAACUUGGCCCUUGAGGGCGCCAAAAGGACACGAGAACGACUGAGACGGAGGCAAAAGAAGCGUUCGCGAAUAUUGCGAAAGUAG